CUUCUCGCCAAAAAGCCCCUGGAAAAUUAGACACCACCCUCGUCCCUAUAUAAACACCCACAUCAAACCCCCCCCGGCCCUGCCCAAAACACCCUGAACCUUCCCACUGUACCCUCACUUUUUCUUGGUUCGCUUUAUUUUAUCUUCCCAUAAUAGCCCCAUUCCCUAUCGAAUUUUCUUCAUGGAGAGCUCCGGUGAACACAAGCGCGUCCGCGAGGAGGACGCCGACGAGUUGGAAUCGCCAGAGGUCAAGCGUCUUCGGGCGGAUCUCUUCUUCGACAUACUUGAUGACGACGCCGGCGCCGGGGACCAAGACCUCGCCUCCGUUAUCAAGAGCUUGGAGGAGGAGAUCGCCCUGCCGUCGCCGCCUCCCAAGCAACAGCUGGUUCAGGAACCGUCGGCCGUGGCGGGACAACCCGACCUGGGGUACCUCCUAGAAGCCUCCGACGACGAGCUCGGCCUCCCGCCGACCGCCGCCCUUUGGUCGGUCGACGAGGCCGGGGUGGCCCCGGGGGCGUCGGAGCUGGGGUCCGUGGCCGAGCCGGAGGGCGGCGCCGGGUUGGGACAGAUCUGGGGGUUUGACGACGCCAUCGACGGGUACGAGGGGUUCGGCCUCGGGAUUCGGCCGGAUGAGAGGGAGGCGGCGGAGGAUGGCCUGGUGUUGGACGGAGGGUUGUUCGACUACGGCGACGAGAUAUCCGGGCCGUACGACCUCUCGUGGCGGCCGGAAUCGCUUCCGGCCGUCUGACACAGUCGUCGAUGGAUCUCGCUAUUUUGGGUUUUUCUUACUUCUUUUAUUGUAAAAAGCCUUUUGAUUUUAGAUAAAAUAUGGAGGAAGAAGAAAAGGACAUUAGGCACACAA